GAUGGGCAUCCUGAAGGAUGUCAAGAACGCGAUGACGGACGCGCAGAACGAGAUGCAGGGCCUGAAGCCGAGGCGGGGCGCGAAGCAGAAGGGCCCCUCGGCCGCGCAGAUCGAGGCGCGCCGCAUCCAGAGCAGCGAGGCCGUGGCCCGCUGGGGCCCCUUCUCCCUGUGCUGCCGCCGCCGGGCGCCCGAGCCCAAGGCCGCGGUCCAGCGCGGCGACUUCAUCAAGCAGGACCUCCUCGGCUGCCAGACCACGCAGGACUCCGAGCGCAGGCCGCGCCGCAAGGGCGAGGCCGAGGCCCUCGCCACGCCCCCCGUCGAGCUCGCCGUGCAGCUGCCGGAGGACUACGAGCCCGGCAUGCUGGUGUCCAUGGACGGCCCGCACGGGCGCAUCGAGGCGGCUGGGCCUCCCGACGCGAAGCCUGGCACCACCGUCCGCUUCAGGCUCGCCCCCCAGCCCGACUUCCAGGUCGAGGUGCCGAAGGGUGCGCGCGCUGGCACGGAGGUGCGGCUGAAGCGGGCGGACGGCGUGGAGAUCGCCGUGCCGGUGCCGAAGGGCUUGAAGCCGGGCGACACCUUCAACAUCGCCCCGCCCGCGCUGAUGCUGCAGGUGCCGCAGGGCAGCAAGCCCGGCGACUAUGUGGUGUUCAGGGAGCCCGGCGCCGACGAGUCGGACUGGUGCCGCGCCCGCGUGCCCGAGGGCAUGGCCCCCGGCGGCUACUUCGCGGCCCGGCUGCCCCCGCCGGGCGAGGCAAAGUCCAAGUCCGGGGCCAAGAACCCGAAGCUCUCCACCCGCUCCAAGGGCGCCUGA